GUGGUAGGAGCUCUUUCCGCUGCGCGAGGACGCGGUUGAUGAAGGUUCCUCGAGUUGGAAGAAGCUUCUGAAGACUGAACGCAAACGUUUCACUGAACCGUGUGCUAAGCACUGUAAUGUUUUGGAUCAAGAAAAAAUAAUUCUUUUACCCGAGAGAAGACACUGGACGGUUCCGCGUGGCGUACAGUGAGAUGCCCUGCUGCGUGUUGACAUAGUUGAGGGUCCCAUAUUUCAGUAAGGUGCUUGGUUUCGCCCUCAAACGUGCUGUUGUAUGGACUAAGGCCGUCGGCGUGGAGUAGCAGUGGAGUCAUUGCGGUGUGCGCGUGUGGCGGGCAGCGUUUUCGGUGGCUGGCAGGCGCACACACACUCAUGGCCCGCUCUCUCGGGCCACGGGGCCGCGGGACGCCGUCUCCGUUGGACCGAGGCCACGGGACCCUGUUACCGCUGCUCCUGUUGGCCCUAAGUGCUCUGGACUCUGCUCACGCAAAUGUGCUGGACACCAUGUUGCUGAGGAAUUCUGGGAAGGCAACGAUGGACAACCGAAAGGAGGAGAAUGGCGGCUCUGUGCCGGUGGUUCCAGAGAGGACCCUGUGGUGCCACUGCUACCACCACUGCCCUGAGGACUCCACCAACAACACCUGCAGGACGGACGGCUACUGCUUCACCAUGGUGGAGGAGGAGGAUGGGGGUCCACCCACGCUCACUUCCGGCUGCCUGGGACUUGUGGGCUCUGAGUUCCAGUGCAGGGACACUGGGAAUUCCCGGCUGAGGAGGGUCCUGGAAUGCUGCACGGACCAGGACUACUGCAACCGGGACCUGCUCCCCACCUUGCCUCCGGUCCUCCCACCCACCUACGUGGUCAGCAGUGUCCACCACAUGGCCCUGUCCAUCUCCGUGACAGUGUGUAGCAUUGUCCUCCUGCUCAUCAUUGUAUUCUGUUACUUCAGAUACAAGCGUCAGGAGCUGAGGCCGCACUACAGUAUCGGCCUGGAGCAGGACGAGACGUUCAUCCCUCCGGGAGAGUCUCUGAAGGACCUGAUCGAGCAGUCUCAGAGCUCCGGCAGUGGUUCGGGCCUCCCCCUGCUGGUGCAACGCACCAUCGCUAAGCAGAUCCAGAUGGUGAAGCAGAUCGGGAAGGGUCGCUACGGCGAGGUGUGGAUGGGCCGCUGGCGUGGCGAACGCGUGGCUGUCAAGGUCUUCUUCACGACCGAGGAGGCCAGCUGGUUCCGGGAGACCGAGAUCUACCAGACCGUUCUCAUGCGGCACGAGAACAUACUGGGCUUCAUCGCGGCAGACAUCAAGGGCACGGGUUCCUGGACGCAGCUCUACCUGAUCACAGACUACCACGAGAGCGGCUCUCUGUACGACUACCUGAAGUCCACCACGCUGGACACACGGGCACUGCUGCGGCUGGCAUACUCGGCCGUCUCGGGCCUGUGCCACCUCCACACGGAGAUCUUCGGCACGCAGGGCAAGCCAGCCAUCGCCCACCGCGACCUCAAGAGCAAGAACAUCCUGGUGAAGAAGAACGGCACGUGCUGCGUCGCCGACCUGGGCCUCGCCGUCAAGUUCAUCAGUGACACGAAUGAAGUGGACAUUCCUCCGAACACGCGUGUGGGCACCAAGCGCUACAUGCCCCCGGAGGUGCUGGACGAGACCCUGAACCGCAGCCAUUUCCAGUCUUACAUCAUGGCUGACAUGUACAGCUUCGGCCUGAUCCUGUGGGAGAUCGCCCGGAGAUGCGUGUCUGGAGGCAUUGUGGAGGAGUAUCAGUUGCCUUACUAUGACCUAGUGCCCACAGAUCCAUCCUACGAGGAUAUGAGAGAGGUGGUGUGUAUAAAGAGACAACGUCCAUCCUUUGCCAACCGCUGGGCCAGUGAUGAGUGCCUGAGACAGAUGGGUAAGCUGAUGACAGAAUGCUGGGCGCACAACCCAGCCUCUCGCCUCACUGCCCUGAGAGUGAAGAAGACCCUGGCCAAGAUGUCCGAGUCCCAGGACAUUAAGCUGUGAGGGAGGCUCCCGGCAGCUCCGAGAGGCUCCGAGAGACUCCGAGAGAGGCGGCUAGGGCCACCAGGCAGCGGAGACGGAGCUGGCCAGGCGAGCCUCCGCGCACCGUCACCGUCCUGCCCUGAGGUAAGAAGAGCUGGAGAACCCCCACCCCACCCCCUUCCUCCCCCCGGGGCUCUGUCGUGCUUUCUGUGAAAGCUCCCCAUGCAGCGGAGAGGAGAAGCACGCGGGAGGAGAAGGAGCGCCCCCUGCUGGCGCGUGGACGGCCCUCCUCCCAGGUGCACGUGGUAGGCAGAGGGGAAACGCGCGUCUGCCCAACGCCGUUUGCCGUUUUGGUCCUGUUGGCUUUUUUUUUCCUUCCUUGUUGAAUCUAACGAUAUUUCAGCUGUACAGAGAGAGGGGCAAUCUAUACGUGUUGAUCACGGAAGGUUUUGAUAUGCUGUGUCGAGGAAGAAUGUUAGAAGGCACACAAGCCAGAUUUCCGUGUGUUAAAUCUAAAUGCAUAGACUCCUGUUAUAAGUCCGUCCUGCCCCCUCUCUGUCUUUGACAUCUGAUGCGUUGUUAUUUUGAUUGUUUAUGGAAGUAAUGGUGGAAUGUUGGAGACCUGCUACAGGCCUCUGUUAUUUUCAGGCCGUAUGUAUUUGCCUUGUAAAUACUUGUAACCCAAAAUAUGAAUGUAAAUACCGUUAUUGAAAUGUAUUGUUAAUUUUGGAUCAAAUAAGUAUUUUUUGUUUUGUUUUGUUCCUUUUUUUGGUGUUUCCCUGACCAUUUCUGUGUUUACUUGUGCCUUAUUUAACAUGUACCUGUAAAUUUAAUGUGUGAAGUUAUAGUAACAGUUCUAUGUAAGAGAAGUGGGUGAAAGGUUUCCUAAGGUUGUAUGUAUCAGGUAUAACCACCGCCCCCCCAAUAAAAGGCUUCAGGUUCUACUUAUGUCCUGCAACUUCAAAGGA